AUGGUGGCUGCUCCAUUUCAAACGCUGUGCUGCGUCCAGCCGGUGGAAGACCGACAACCUUUCCUCCUGGCAGCCUCCGGGCCAUUGAUCUCUACGUUCGAUCUCAAAGAUGGUUCAUUACUGGGUCAGUGGCCGCCCUCCCAGAAGAAGCAGAACCAGAAUGACACCACAGCCAAUGGUGACACCAGUCGGCCAGCGAAGCGACAGAAGCUCGAUGGAGACGCCCUUGUAGAGCUCCCGCGAGAGGAGUCCGAGGAAUCAAUCGAGAUCAUCUCGGAGAGAAAGAAGGGUGAGCGGCGGAAACCCAAGGUAGAACAUACUACGCUACCGAACGUCUCUCAUAUCGUUGUCACCAGCAACGGAAAGACGGUUAUUAGUGUCACGAGCGAGGACAAAUCAGUCACAGUAUUGGAUGUACAGUUAGGAGGAAUCUUGGAUCUGAAAAGCCGGAGGUCGAUGCCAAAACGGAUAUGUUCAGUCGUCCUGACACCAGAUGAGAAAAACAUCCUGGUUGGGGACAAGUUUGGAGACGUCUAUUUGCUGCCACUUCAUCCUACAGACGACUGGACUCCGCCAGCUCCCAGAGACGAUCACCAACGAAGACCUUUCUCUCCUUCCGCUACAGAGUUAACCGUGCAUACAAAGGGUAACCUCGAAGCACUGAAGCAGCAGCGACUACAAAAGGCACCUCAAUCCAAGAGAGUAGGCCCUCAGUUCGAACACAAAUUGCUGUUAGGUCACGUCUCUUUGUUGACAGACGUUGCCAUUACUGAAAUCCCCAUCGGCCUCAAGACUCGCCAGUACAUCCUAACAGCAGAUCGAGACGAACACAUUCGAGUCUCCCGAGGAGUUAGGCAAGCGCACAUCAUCGAGAACUAUUGUCUAGGUCAUCAUGAAUUUGUGAGCAAACUGUGUAUCGUGCCAUGGAACCCGGAACUACUUGUGGCGGGCAGCGGCGAACCUUCUCUGAAGGUGUAUCGCUGGCAGACUGGGCAAUUGCUUGACGAAGAGCUAUUCAAGGGUGAUGUCAAACAAGACAUCGUCAGGUGUCUCGGUUUGGAGCAGGGAGAGCGAUCCCUAGAUCACCUAGUCGUGUCCAAUAUCUGGCCGAUCCACCACACUGUCUCGGGACACUCACCGAGGUCUACGCGACCUCCACAUUUGCUCCUCGCCGCUCUCGAAGGUGUCCCGAUCGUGUUGAGUUAUAGCCUUACUGAUGAGGGUCGGUUGAAGCACCACCAGACUCUGACAGUAGGAGGCAAUGUGCUCGAUAUUGGUGUGGGCCCAGCACUCUGGGAAAUUGUCGUCAGUAUUGAUAUCAUCCACAAGCCCGGGUCGAUGAAAAUCCUUCACCCUGAAGAAGUACCGAAAACAGAUUACUUUGAGACGUUCGCAUUGUUCUCGAACCUGCCCAAUGACACAAGCGUCGAAGGCAGCCAGGCGGUAUUGUCGCCGGAGGCAGAGUUGCGGUGGGAGCGGUCGAGUCUGGCAAUGCUAUUAAACGAUACAGCUUCAACUGUCGAGAAAGGCAAUCUUCCAUCGGAGACACCACAGAACGACAAGGACAAUAUCAACUUUAGCCCGGCCGGGGAGAUAUUGUACGGGCUUGAAAACCUGAGGAAGAAGAGAGGGCAGGCAGCCGUGGAAGCCGAGCAAGAAGAAAUGGGCGAGGAGGAGGUUGUUCCACCGGAGGCAUAG